AUGAUCGCCCUCGCCAUCUUCGACUUCGAUGGCACUCUCUUUGACACCCAUGAGUCCAUCUCACACACCAUAAAACUGACCUUCGACGCCUUCCUGCCCACUCAUGUACCUCCUCAAGUGGAGAUCCACCGCCUGAUCGCCAGUGGUGCCGGCCUAGCAGACACUUUCCAGGCGCUUCACCCGUUUCCCUCGAAUUUUACUCCUCCCGUGGAGACUGAAUGGAUUGAAAAAUACCGCGCACUCUAUGCGACUCACGGUCAGCUUCUUAUCCAAGCCUUCUCAGGCGCCCGGGACCUUCUGGCGGAGCUCAAUGCUCAACACGUCCCUAUCGCAAUCGUGAGCAACAAGGGCGUGGCGGCGGUUAAGACAGCCCUCGAACGCAAUGGUCUAGAGAGUUAUGUGCCCGAAAAUCUGAUUAUCGGGGACAAAACUCCCGGGGCGAAGCGUAAGCCGGAUCCAGCCAGCUUUUUAGAUGUGCUGGUCCCAGUAUUGCGCGAGAAGCAUAAGCUCGAAGACGUUGAUCCGCAGACGGUGCUUGUGGUGGGCGACACAGUGGCAGAUCUACAGUUUGCGCGCAAUAUCAGGAGCAAGGUCUGCUGGUGUCGCUAUGGGUAUGGAGACCAAGCCGCAUGCCAGGCUGCGGAGCCGGAUUUCGUAGUUGAUUCUCUCGGAGAAGUUUUGGCGAUUGUAAAAAUGUAA